AAGUAUGUUUUAGCAUGUGGUAUUUUAACUCCACCAUCUAAAACACUUAUUGUACAUGGAACUCAACCACAAAUUACUGAAUUUCCAUGGCAUGCUUCACUCUAUGUAACAAAGAAUUCUACUGCAUCAAAAGAAUUUAUAUGCGGUGCAACUAUUAUACAUGAAAGUCUUCUAAUUACAGCAGCACAUUGUGUUUAUGAUGAUGAUAAUAAACAAUUUUAUGAUGCUUCAAUGUAUGAUAUAAUUACAGGCAAUAUUUUUAGAGAAUAUGAUUAUCCUUUUCAUGACAUGAGAAUAGUAAAAAAAGCAAAGGUGAAAAAUAUAUACAAUGUUUGUACUUAUUUUGGAUUUGAUGGAAAUUAUGCUGAAGACAUAGUUAUAUUGGAAAUAACAGAACCAUUUAUAUUUUCAUCUUUCUUAGUUCCUAUAUGUUUAGAUAUUUUGGAUGAUGAGAUUUCAUUAGAAACAGGAAUUUUAGGAAAAGUUGCAGGAUUUGGAAGAACUGCUUUAAGUCCAUCUAGUCAAAUUUUACAGACAAUUAGAUUGCCAUAUGUUCCUCGUAAUCAAUGCAUGUCAUCAAGUACUAACAAUUCAAAAAAAUAUAUUACAUAUGAUAAAUUUUGUGCAGGUUAUGCAAAUGGUUCUUCUGUUUGUGAUGGUGAUAGCGGUGGCGGAUUAAUCUUUGAAAAACAUGAUCAAUGGUAUUUAAAAGGUAUUGUUAGUCUUAGCAUUGGUACAAAAAUAGUGGGAGGAAGUAGGAUUUGUGAUAGCUAUUCUUAUUCUUUAUUUACUCGAGUUUCUAAUCAUAUGUCAUGGAUUCAAGACAUUAUUAUAAAAUUAGAAACACAUAAAACAAUGCCUUCAUGUGAUACAAGACAUACAUAAUACAAAAUAUAUUAAUAAAUUGUCAAUUUUCUAAUAAAAUAUAUUAUUAUAUUUUCAUUGAAAUUAAAAUAU